AUGUACAUAACAACCGAAGGUGUGAAAUCCGACCGCAAUACCGAAGACUCCACAAAAAUUACAAUGCAAGCCACCGGCGCUCUCUCCUGGCGGAAACCAGACAUACGCUACCGUAAAAACGAAGCCUUCGUCGACGUGAUCGAGGAUGUGAAUCUCCUCAUGUCCGCGACUGGUACUGUUCUCCGUGCUGACGUGAAUGGCAACAUUAUCAUGCGCGCAUACCUGAGCGGUAUGCCUGACUGCAAAUUUGGGCUCAAUGAUCGACUGCUGCUAGACCCGCAGUCGCUUGGUGCACCUUCUGGGAAUGUUGGUGGGACGAAAGCGACGAAAGCGGCUGCUGGAAGUGUGGCGCUGGAAGACUGCCAAUUUCAUCAAUGCGUACAAUUAGGGAGGUUUGAGAGCGAGAGGAUCAUAAGCUUCGUACCGCCAGAUGGCGAAUUUGAGCUGAUGAGAUAUCGUGCAACUGAGAACGUGAAUUUGCCGUUCAGGGUACACGCCAUCGUGAAUGAAGUGGGAAAGAGCAAGGUUGAGUACAGUAUCGCCAUCAAGUCGAAUUACGGGAGCAAGCUGUUUGCUACAAAUGUUGUCGUGAGGGUACCUACACCGCUGAACACUGCAAAGACGACGGAGCGUGUUAGUCAAGGGAAAGCGAAGUAUGAGCCAGAGCACAACAAUAUCGUGUGGAAGAUCCCACGGUUCAGCGGUCAGCAGGAGUUUGUGCUUAGUGCAGAGGCCCAGCUGAGUGCUAUGACGACGCAGAAGGCAUGGAGCCGGCCUCCAUUGAGUUUGGGGUUUAGUUUGUUGAUGUUCACAAGUAGCGGGUUGUUGGUGAGGUAUUUGAAGGUAUUUGAAAAGAACAAUUAUGGGAGUGUGAAAUGGGUAAGGUAUAUGACAAGGGCGGGAAGUUAUGAGAUCCGAUUCUAA